GUGAACAGGUGAAUCAGUCGCUAGAGCGUUUCUCCAAACAUGUGUGUGGUGUUUCAACAUCAUCAUCAUAAUUAUUAUGGGCAUGCCAUUAAUAACAACAAAUCUAGCGAACGGAACAGAAUUCAGUGCUGCAGCCACCACCAACGAAAAUCCACUGUGCAGCUAAUAUGUAAAUUGAAAAAAGAAAGUGGUGGACAUUGAAGGACAAUAAAUGAAAGCGAGCGAAAAAAUGUAUACGCCUGGUGUUAUGUGACAAAAAUUGUGUAGAAAAAAAAAUCACAAAAAUGUUAAAUCAAAAUUUACUUAAAGAAAUUCAAACGGGUAACAAAUAACUAAAACAACAGAAAAUCAAAACAAAUACAAAUCAAUUCCAUUCCAUUCCCAACAAAAGAAACAAACAAACAAUUCGCACAUCACUCAUACGCCGUGCAGAGCCAGAGAGAUAGACAAAUAAACGCGUAAUCACACUUGUUUCCGCAUCCGUUUCCCGUCAGUUUCGCAUCGUCUUCAUCGGUUGUUGUGCGUGCGUGCUUGCAUGUGUUAACUUGCGUUGUUGUAAUUUAUAUCGCCUUUUUGUUGUUGUCAUGUAAAUAUGUAAAUAAUGCAAAGAGGAUUGUCUUGUUGUAGUAAAUAUACAUAGUAGAAGGGCCCCUUCCCCCUCCAAAAGUGCGUUACUUAGCCAUGGUUUUCACAAUCCCCCUCAUAAUACGGAUAUAAAAAAGGAAUUGAUGUUUUAUAUAAGAGUUCAUCCAAAAUUACAUAAAAAUAAUUUUAAAUUCAACAAAUUUUAAAUAAUUUGCAAGGAACAGCUCCUGAAACCACCUAAGCAAAAGUGCAAGUAUUACAACUUGAGAAUAACAAAAACCACAGUACCAAAAAUAACAAACAAAAGCGAAAUUCUUUCUAAAUUUGUGCUUGGACCAAAAACAAAAAAAAAAAAAAAACGACAAAAACAACAUCAACAUAAACAAGGAAAAAGUCCUGACAAGCAACCAAAAUUAAAACACCACAAAACAAAAACAAACAUCAUUAAAAGAUUUUUAAUGACAACGAUAAUCACAAAACGCUUACUGUAGACUGCUAUUAUUUCGAUAUAUCUACAACAACAAAAACUGGAAAUAACCUACAUACAUAUUAUAUAUAUCUAUGUAUGUCUAGCAUAUAUACAACAAAAGUAAAAGAAAAACAACAACAAUUGUAAAUAUAUAUUUAAUGUAUAGAUAAAUAUAACGACAACAACACGGACUUCCUUUUGAAUAUUCCUAAAACUUUAUAUACCUCAAAACUCACCCACUCCCCUUCAGAAACAAAGCAAACAGGCAGACAACCGCCACCGCCCUCAUCCUCUUCGUCAUCAUAGAAAAUUAAAAUAAUAACAACAGCACAUCAAAACUGAAAUAAACAAUUAAAAAAACAAUAAUCUUUGGAAAUCGAUUAUUAGCUACUUGCCGUGGAGUGGUUGGGCAGGGAACACUCGUCCCAUCCGGCCAUCAGUCUCGCCACCAGCAAUGCUUGGCCACAACCUCGACAUCAACUUGAAACCCACCUCAGAUAUUUUGGCCGCCGCCGCUCUACUCGAUGUCAGACAAUAUUUCAAUGAACGCGACCUCCUGGACCUGCGCACUUAUGGCUAUCAGACCAACGACACCUUCCUCCUGCCCGACUACGACGAGGCUGCCGUCAAUGCCAAAACAUCCGCCAAUGUUGUUAAUCUGAAUAACAGUAAUUUCAUAAUCUUCAACCGAACAGGCUUUGCCAGGAACGACAGCAAUAAUGACAGUGGCACCAUCACAAUUAGCAGUCCUAAUGAUGUGUCGGCCAUAAAUGGUAAUGUCAGCGUCGGCCUGCCAAUGCCCGAGGAUGUUGUUGUGCUGUUGAAAAUGAUAAGCAUGUCCAUUGUUCUGGGUCUAAUGAUACUUAUCACCAUAAUUGGAAACGUGUUUGUAAUUGCGGCAAUAAUACUGGAGCGCAACUUACAGAAUGUGGCCAAUUAUUUAGUUGUUUCAUUGGCGGUGGCCGAUUUAUUUGUUGCAUGUCUGGUAAUGCCACUGGGAGCUGUUUAUGAGAUAAGUGAAGGCUGGAUACUAGGCCCAGAAUUAUGUGAUAUUUGGACUUCUUGUGAUGUCCUUUGCUGUACAGCGUCUAUACUGCAUUUGGUGGCAAUAGCAACAGAUAGAUACUGGACAGUGACGGAUAUUGAUUAUCACAAUUUACGGACACCGCGUCGCAUUUUUUGCAUGAUAUUUACGGUGUGGUUUUUCGCUGUCAUUGUUUCCCUGGCACCGCAGUUUGGCUGGAAGGAUCCCGAGUAUAUGGAACGCAUUGAACAACAAAAAUGUAUGGUUUCGCAGGAUGUCAUUUAUCAGAUUUUCGCUACUUGUUGCUCGUUUUAUGUCCCGUUAUUAAUGAUUUUAGUUCUGUACUGGAAAAUCUACAAAAUAGCACGUAAACGUAUUCAGCGGCGCACAAAACGUUUGCAAUAUUCUCAAAGUACAACAAAAGACGUGGAUUUCCAGGACAAAGUGAAAAAGAAGCGCAUAAAAAUCUGCUUCAGCAAGGAUAUAUCAUCGGACAAAGGUUUCAGUUCGUCGACUGGCGACAACUAUGCCGGUGGCUCCAAUGCCAACAUCAGAGAAGAAACAGAAUUCAGCACCAGCAAUAUUGAGGACAAAAGCCAUGCAGGAACAGAGCUGACAAAUGUCUCGGACGAGAUGACAACCACGAAUGCCGAUGAACGUGUACCCCUGCCUCUGGAGAUUUCAACUGUGUCGCAGCAGGUUGCUGCCACAACAUCAACAUUUCAGCAGCAUGUCACGGCAAUUGUGCUGACCACUGCAACGCCCCGCCUCACCGUGUGUGGCGGCGGAGGCGGUGGCGGCAGCAACAACAAACAACAGCAACAACAUUUGCUUGGAGCGAAUCCCCACCAAAAGCUAGCCAAACGACGUCAGCAAAUUGAGGCGAAGCGCGAACGAAAGGCAGCCCAAACACUGGCAAUCAUAACGGGCGCCUUUGUUGUCUGUUGGCUGCCCUUCUUCGUGAUGGCUCUGACACUGUCGCUGUGCAAAAGUUGUGAAAUUAAUGCUGCUGUCGCAUCGCUCUUCCUAUGGCUUGGCUAUUUUAAUUCCACGCUAAAUCCCAUCAUUUAUACCAUUUUCAAUCCAGAGUUUCGACGUGCCUUCCAGCGUUUGUUGUUCGGCAAGAAGUAUGUGGCCAAUCGGUGUAAGCGGCGUAACGCGAACAUAUGAUCCUAGCAGAAAAGGGGCCCGGAGCCCAGUGUUGCAAUUGCGGCGGAAUAUACGAGUUGUGCGUGAUGUUAAAUGCGCUCCCUUAUCAUAUCCUGUGCUAGGAAAUUGCUCCUCAUGGAAAAAAAAAACAUUAACGCAAACUGUAAAGGUAAAUUUUGUAAAUAAAUUGCGAAUUAAAGGCGCCCAAGGCUGAUUAUAAUGGACAAUCUUUAAACACAACAAAAAUAACAUGAACUCCCACAAUGAAGAAACAUAACUAAAAACCCCUACAAGAACAACAACAAUGCCUUUAUUCAUUUCAAUUAUGACAUAACGCGUGUUUAAACCCAAAAUAAAUGUGUCUCACCUCAAAUAAAUUAAAAAUUUUAUGAAUAACAAGAAGGAAAAAAGCCAAACAAGAAAUAUUAUAUUAAGCAAACAACUUUUUGAAUGUGAUUUUAACAUGUUAGCUAUUAAGGAAGCUUAACACAAAAAAAAAAAAAAAAACAACAACAACACAAACACACACCCACACACGAACAAAAUUGAAAAGUUAUAAUUCAAUCAAAACAAAACGAGGAUCAAUUCAAUAUAAAAAUCAAAUACCAAUUCAUUAUUCAAACAACCAAGAAGAGAGCAACAAGAAACAAACAAACGAUAAACUUAUGAUGAACAACCAACAAACAAACAAGCAAACAAAUGAAAAUACCAAUAGCAACAACAAUUAACAAUAAAUUCCUGUCUAGUUUUAAGUGAAAUAAAAAUGAAAAUAAAUAAAACAUAGAUUUAGAAAUCAUUUUUAAAAUGAUUGUACAAAAAAAAAAAAAACAAAGAAAAAAAGAACAACAAGUCAAACUACUAAUUCCGACUAAACUGAACAAGCAAAUCUCCCAACUAAAAAAAAUACAAAUAUUACAUAUGUAGAUAUGUAAGCAAAUGAGUUUUCCAUAUACAUACGAACCAAAAAACAAAAACUUAAAAAAACAUAUGUGUAAGUAUGUGUGUACAGUAGCAAAGUCAUUUGUUUCGUUCGUUUCCAUUUUUUGUCUAAAUAUUGCAUAAGGUUUUCCAUUGAGCAAUUGGAUUCAAGUAGUAAUAGUUAUGUUCUUAAACAAUUUUUAUUAAACAAACAAAGUGUGUAGGAUUUGAAGUCAAAAUUUAAAAGCAUACACCGAGAGAAAUAGUUAAGUCCGCUUAUUAUUCCUUUUAAAGGCCUUAGAAUAUUUGUUGAACUAUCUUGAAGCUAUUAACUGUCUAAUCUUUAAUUAAAUUGCAUAUUAACAUAUAUUUCUAUAGUUGUUCCCUUAUUUGUUUCUUAUCUUUGUUGAUUUAAUAAAAAUUAAUUCUACUCCUUAAAUCGGAGGUAUAUGAAACAAUAUGAUAGCCUUUGCCAAAUAUUUCUGGAGAAUAUACAUCACCAAUAUUUUGAACUAUUUUAGACUAUUUCAAAACCUGUAUUACCAAAUUUUUAUACCCUCCACCAUAUAUUCCGUUGGUAACUCAUCGAAAUAACAACUUUAGACCCAACAAAGUAUAUAUAUUCUUGAUCGGCGUUAAAUUCGAAGACGAUUUAGCCCUAUCCGACCGUCUGUUGUUAUCACGCUAGAGUCAAAACGAAUUAAGAUAGCAAGCUAAAAUUUUGCACAUAUCUGUCUUUUGUCUGCAGGCAAGUCAAGUUCGAAGAUGGGUUAUAUCGGUCCACGAUAUUGUAUAGCCCCUAUAUACCCGGUACCCCCAAUAUUCGGUAUUUUCAUGAUUUUAGCCACAUUUUUCAAUGGAAUUGUCUGAAAUUCUACACAAGGAAUUCUUUAUGAGUUAUUUAACCCCUGAAAUAUUCCCAAUAUAAGGGUACCUCCCUAUAUUAGGUAGUUUGAUGAUUUCAGCCAAAUUUUUCACUGGGAUCGUCUUACAAUGAAGGAGUUCCUUGUGAGUACUUUACCCUCUAGAAGAUUGGUCCACGUUUUAGUAAGGUGCCCUCCUUUUAGAACCUCCUUCCUUUUAGAACCUCCCUCACAACAGCUCUAAGUCAGUACAAAAACAAGUAAGCAAAAGCUACAGUCGAGCGGGGCCGACCGUUGAAUACCCUACAACACUAUAAUAAACGAUACAGUUUAUAUAGGCGAGAUACUCGAAAGAAUUCCACAAGAUAUUGUGACAAAUAAUAAAAGAAAACCAUCAGGUUCCGUUCUCUAAUUUUCGAAUAAUGGCAACUUAAACUAAUUUGCUUAUUUCCAAUUUAUUUGUAGAUGUUGCACGUAAAUGGUCUUCCUAGAUCUGGAACCAAUAUUUCCCAAAGACCUAUAAUCUCUCAGAAGUGGCAAGUGGCAAUGAGAUACAGACAUUUGACUAUAUUCUUCAACGAAAUCGGCGUUAACGAAAUAGUCAGAAGUGCGUCUUUCCAGUAUUUGUGAAUUCUCCAAAAAGUCACUGGAAUGAACAUUUUCUUAUUUUGUCUACAAAAGUUGGCAAACUAUUUCACACAUUGAAUAUUUUUGGAUGGCUAUCCAAAACUGCUUGGCUUUUGCAAUGACCGGUAACACCCAUUAAAAUGUGCGUGAGGAUCGGGCGAUAAUUACGACCUGCUGACAGUUUUGCAGUUUUGUUGGUCCCUUUCAACCGUUAAAUAUAUGGCGAUCAUCUCCAAAAAGAGUAGGCUUAUAUUCUGACCCUCAUCUUAUCUCCAUUCAAAAUUUCGUAAGGAUCGGGCCAUAAAUGCAAUUUGUAUAUGAUAUCCUGAUAUCCUAACUACUUAGUUUUGUUAGCUGUAGAAAUAUUACCAAAUGUUUAAUUCAAAAUGAAAAUAUGCCAAAUAUAUGACAAAAAUUGAAAAAAUAUGAGAGAAUUUUACAAAAUCAAUAUUUUCAUCUUUAGAUAGAUAUUUUUAUGCGAUUUUUUAGACGUUUUUUCUUUCCUAACAAGAGGCCAUUCUGAAUUAAUGAGAACUGUCGAAAUCAGUUCAGCCGUUCUCGACAUAUAAGAGAUCUUUCAAGCAUAUCUUCUUUGAUAGACAUAUAUAUCGCACAUAUUUUGCUAUAUAUCUGAUUUCUUGGAUGUUAACAUCAAUGUAAAGAUCAGAAGUAACCUUGUGAUGGCUUUGUGAUUUCGCCGGGAUUAAAAAUAUUCGCGGUUUAAUGAAAAAUUUUGAAUUUUUUCAACACAAAAGAUAUGGUCUAUUUUACCCGCUAAAUAUUAUCCGAUGACCACCUAAAUUGGUAGGCUUUUUCCCCGCCCUUAACUCUUAACACGAUUGGUCUAUAAUUGCGACCUGUAUAGGUACUGCAAAAUCCGACAUUUUUUCAGUAUUUGGUCCAUUUCAACCCUAAACAUUUGGCGAUCAUCUCCAAAUGAAAUAGGCUUCUAUUCUGACCAUAACCCCACCUUCGUGCAAAAUUUCGUAAGGAUCGGGCCAUAAUUGCGACCUGUAGCGUGAUUACAAAUUAACAUGGACAGACGGACAGACGGACGGACGGACAUACAUAGCUAGAUCGACUCAGCUCGGCGAGCUAGGAAGAUCCAUAUAUACUUUCCUAUGUGGGAAAUCAAUAUUUCGAGUUGUUACAUAAUUUUUGGCCCAAUCAAACUUAUAAUACCCCCAACACAUAGUGUUGUAGGGUAUAAAUAAAAAAUAUAGGCCUACUUCAUCAAAAACAUCCCCCUCAAUGGUUCAAAAUUUUGAAUUAUAAUAACUUUUAUAUAAUGUGAUAUAUUAAAUCCUAUCACCAUAUUUUUAUCAACACACGAUCUAGGGUAUAUCGGAACUUCAGUUCUGGUACCUCCCCCGCAAAUCCAAAUACAUUAACAUAUAAAAGGACAGGUGUGAAGAUGGGAUAUAUCGAACAACACCUUCUGCUACCUUUCCCACAAAGGGUCAGCAUUUUGAGCCAUUUCAACCCCCAUAAAAUGUGCAAAUAUUCCCAAAUUCUAUUUAGAAAUCGUACAUUGUAAUAUUUGUACUAGCAAGUGGAAAAACAGUUAGUUCAACCGGGCCCAACUUUGAUGUUAAUUUCGGGUUUAUGAGUUUCAUGGAUAUUCAAAACUUUGACCUUUUGUGGGGGAGAUACAAGAAGGAGUGGAGUAGAUAUUGUGUUAGUAGAAAUUAUGAAAUGUGUGAAAUAUGAAAAUAACCGGGUGCUUAUUUCGGAUUUUAGUAUCGUUUUGGUUAUUCAAAACUGUGAGUCUUUGUGGGGAGGUACCAGGGAAAUGGUCCAAUCUCUACCAUCUUUAUAAGAUAUAUUGUGUUGAUGUUAAUUUCGCGUAUUAUUAGCUUCAUAGAUAUUCAAAAUUUUGACCUUUUGUGGGGAGGGGUACUUGAUGGAGUAACCGAUAUUGUUCAUUUUCGCAUUAGGAUUUGCAAAGAUGGAGCAAAAAACGGAAUAUCUUUUCUCUCUCUGUGCAGUGAAAUAUUUUUGUUUUGAAAAUGUUGACCUUUUGUGGGGGAGGUACCAGGACCGAUGUUGCCAAUCUCCGAACUCGAUCUAAGUUUGUUAAUAAUAUUACGAUGUACCAAGUUUGGAUCAAAUCGGAUACUCCCUUCCAGAGUUCGAGAGCACCAGCCAGCAGACAGACAGACUGAGGGAAGGAAAUCGCUAGAUUGUUUUCAAAUGUCCUAAAAUGGAUUUGGUCCAAAGAAACCUAGGGUCUAAAAUCGUUAUUUCGAUAAGGCACGUUUUGGCCAUGUCAAAUUAUAUGUAGCCAUAUGGCUGACGGUAUGAUGACAGGAGUUUUCAAGUAACAACAUAAGUAGGAGUCUCAGAUAUCUAUAUCGAUUUUCACCAAAUCCACUUCCACAAAUAUUAAAACUCAUUUUGAUGAUGAUUUCCGAUGUUUACUAUGACCAAAUAUUAUUUAUUUCGUGAAUAUAUUAUAGCCUUCAUGUUGGUUUAAAAUCGGCCACAAUUCGUAUAUGGCAGCUAUAAUCAUAUCCAUUGCUCUGACUCAGAAAUUGACAUAUAAAUAAGUUAUAUUUGUCGGUACAGUUUGUCGUGUAAGAAUCAGUGCGAAGCACUUUGAGAUUGGAUAGUUUGCUUUCUAAACCAGGAUAAGUAUUUUUGAAUAUUUUGAAUACACAGACAUUUACAUUACUUGUAUCGACGUAAUGACAUAUUUCAUAACCUAAAUAUACUAAGAUCACCACGAAAAACUAUUGGUGUCAAUCUUGAUUGGAAUUCGAUCUACAUUAUAAAUUUCGUGGUGAUCGAUUUCUAAUUGCGCAAAGCAAACUGACAUACGGUAUGUUGAUCGAUUCAGUUCGUCAAGAUAUGCUUAUCGAUAUAAGAUAUGGAGGUAUUUUUGUAUCCUCCAUCAUAUAUAGUAUAGAGGAUAUAUUAAGAUUGUCAUUCCAUUUGUAACUCCUUGAAAAAAUCAUUUUAGACCCCACAAGUAUAUGUAUUCUUGUUUCAGCAUAAGAUUCUAUGUCGAUUUCUGUCCGUCUGUCCCUAUGCCUGUCUGUAGAAAUAACUAUAGCUUCCGAACAAAUUGAAGAAGGUGGGUACAAUUUUGCUGAGAUGAAUUUUAGGUCCGUUUAGGGAAGUUUUGGGAAUAGAAAAUGGGACAUAUAGAUCAGUAUUUUGAUAUGACCCCCCAUAUAACUGUACCGCCAGAUUAAAGGUGUUUUCUCUAUUUUAGUCAUAUAAAAAUUUGCUGUAAAUUGACAGUUUGUGUUCCCUAUAUAUCCCCUAUAUUCGGCAUUUUGUUGAAUUGUGACACAUUUUUCACUGUAAUAGUAUCUAAUUUGGUAUUUGGUUCGUAAUGGAAACUACUUCCACUGACAGAAAUUUGCUUAUAUAGGUCCCCGUCCUUCUAUAACCCACAUAAAACGGUACCCCCCCCCCCCCCCCCCCCUAUAUUCAGUAUUUUGAUUAGAAAAGUAUACUUACUUCCACCGGAAUUUCUUCAAAUCAAAUUUGCAAUUCACAAUGGGUACUACUUCCUAUGACAGAAAAUUACCUGUGCAAAUCCACGCCUACUCGUUCAUACGAGUCCUUGCAGCUUCUAGACCCAUCAUUUACUUAUAGGAAAUAUUUGGUAAAGAUUAAGGCAUAUAAACGAAAUUUAUCUCCGGCAUUUAAUAUUCGUUAAAAUAAUUUUAAAUCUAUCCAAUUAGAAAAAUCAAAAUGUUCACCACAAAAAAGUUACGAGACAAGAGCCCAUCUCUGUAACUCUUUUGUUUUAUUUAUUGUUUUAGGUUCUUUUUUUAAUUCAUUUCCUGCUUUACAUUUAACUUUUUAUAAUUGCAAAAAUAUACAAAUAAAAUAAAGCAAUAAUGCGAAUAGCUUUAAGGACACAGCAAAAUGGAUCAAUCGAUAUUAUAAGAACAACAACGUUUUUUCCUUAGUAGUUUAUUUUUAGGUUAUUUACACAUUUAAGCAAUUUAUGGAAUUGUUUGUUGAAAAUGUGAUUGGAUGCUAAGAAAAUCCCAAUACUAUAUGUAAAAUAUUUGGACCACAAUAAUUGUAAAUAAAAACAUUUUUUAAUUAAAUUAUAAAAUUUUUAAAUUAAUAUAAAAUCGAGCAUUUGUCGUUUUUUCUGUUUUCGAUCGAUCUCUCGGUGUAUGCGCAUAAUUGUAAAAAUAAAAGAAAUCUUUUGUUCCUUUAUUAAAGUUUUAAUGUAAAUAUAUAUAAAACAAUUCAAUUGAAUAAAACUAAAACU